UAAGUGUGUCCCUAAAAGGGAACCCAUAGGAGGCAUGCCUUGUUGGAUCAAGGAAGGGAUUAUCAAUGCUUUUGCCGUGGGUUUGCUGUCUGUCGAGAGAAGUGCGGAAAGCUGUAAUGUUCUGUUGUGGUUCAGUAGAGGAGGAAGAAAAUUCUAUGGCACAUGGAUUUCUGACGACACAAGAAAAACGACCAAUACACCGAAAAAAAGUAAAAACCACACAAGAAACCGCAACAGACACAUAUGUCAAAGGUGAUCAAGCAACGAAUGAAGCAAGUAGUGAAAGUUCCCCCAGUAAUGGUACAGGCUUUACCGGAGCACCUGAUAUGGGUAUAAAAAACAUUAUGAUGGAAAAUUCACACUCUGUUCAAACUGUUGAAAUAAAAAAGAGACCCGGUCAGUCUUUAGGGUUUUAUAUAAGAGAAGGAAAUGGCAUGGAUAGGAAUGGUGGUGUUUUUAUUUCUCGUAUUCAGACUGGAACCGUUGCAGAUAGCAAUGGAUUAUUACAUAUUGGUGAUGAAAUUUUAACAAUAAACAAGAAGGAUGUGUCAAAUAUGUCUCUUGAUGAUGUAGUUAUUCUUAUGUCAAUUCCAAAGAAAUUAACAUUAAAAAUCAGAACUAGAAAGUGCCAUAAGAAAAACAACUCUUGUCCUUCUCUAGCAGUAACAGAACAAGAAACAAAACCUAUUGUAAAUGUGUUUCAUAAAGUACGCUCAUCAUCCGAAACAGCACUAGAAGAAACAGAAAAAGCUGCAAAUCUGGUGGACCCAUUUACUCAAGAACACGAACAUCAACAGUCCAGAAGGAGACAUGAUAGGCCUACCUCAUCACAAUAUGCCAGUAUUUUUAUUUCACCCCACAAAGCUGAAGCUAAAUUACUUUCUGAUGAAGCAGAUAGUGAAAAUUCUAGUGAUGGAUCCUUACCUAGAAGCAUUGAUUCUAAUAGUAAGCAUUAUUAUGUAGGAUAUCGAGGAUAUGCAUCUGAUAGUGCAUAUGACCAAGCCAGUGCAUAUUUCAGUCCAAACCUAUCACCAAAUCAACAUGGGAGUGCCAGUGAUCAGGAAUACUUAAAAUAUAUGUAUUCAGAUGGUGGCCUUCCUAGAAAACUAAUUCCAAAAUCACCAUCUAAAUCUGUAAACAAAAGUGGAUUAAAUAUAAAUUCAGAUUCUGAAAUAUAUGUAGGAGGUCAGCUCCCUAGCUAUCAUGAUGUGACUUCAAAAACAUUAGAAUCAGCAAGGAAAUUUCAAGGGGGUUUGAAAGACAUGAUACACGUAAAAGGGAAAUAUGGCAAAUCACAGCGUAGCAGGUCUCCAGAAUAUUAUAACUCAGAUUCAGAAUUAGUUUUUACAAAUCCUCAAAAAGGUCAUACAGAUAUGAGAGGAUUUGCUUCUGAUUAUGAAACUUAUGCUGCUGGUGGUAGUGAUGAUGAUCCUAUUUAUUGUGUUCCUAAAUUACCAUUUAGUCAUAGUGGCAGUUCCGAAUUAGAAGAAUUACUGAGAAAAUUUAACACUCUUUCGAUGGAAUUGCAGCAGGAAAAAAAUAAACUGCAACGACAAGUGUCUGGAAAAGAUGUAACAGGUAAUGGAUUUACAGCACCAUCUCCAAGGAACGUGGAUUAUUCAUCAGAUGAAUAUGCUUACAUAGGAUCUUCAAGAAUUUUAGGAGGGAAGCCAUCAUCCCCAAUAUCUAUUCAAAAGGCAGCAUCAACACAAACUCCGGGACAAAUGAAAAUGACCCGUAAUAGAAGUGCAGAUUCAGCUCAACGGAGUAGAACAUAUCAUUCCGAUAUGGGAAAACAAGAGCUUUCAACUUCAUAUCAAGAAUCAAAGUAUGUCCCCCCUUCAAUCCAUACAAUGUCAAGGGUAGGGAUUCCUUUAUCAGCAUCUACCUCAUCUACUUCAGAUAGGACCAAGUUUAUAGACACUGAUGGUCAACAUAUAUCUCGCUCAACGUCAAGAUUCAAAGAUCUUCAACUUUCUAGGAAGCCAUUACAAAUACCUUACAGUGAGUUCGAAUUUUAUCGUCCAGAUUUAAGGAGGCGAUUAGAAUUGUCGAAGAAAACGGGUCAAGAUGGAAUUCUUAGUAUUCAUAUUCUCUCAGGACAAGGGCUAAAAUCAACAAAAAUGACUCUAAGGGAUUUAUAUUGUGUUGUAUCUAUAGAUUCUGUGAAUAAAGCACGAACAAUGAUCAGAACUGGUGCUGUAAAUUUCGAUUGGGAUGAGGCUUUCGAUGUUGAACUUGAAGAUUCUAAAGAAGUGUCAUUUCUUAUUUACAAUUGGGAUCCUAAUUUUAAACACAGACUUUGCUUUCAUGGCACCGUUUUACUUCCAUCAAUACUCGAAAAUGGAAAGAAAAAAUGCAUAGCAUUAAAAAUGGAACCAAAGGGCUUGUUAUAUACCACCUUAUUAUAUCAUGAACCAUCAGUUUCCUUGCAGCGACUACCAUCUAUGCGGAAAAAUGGUGUAUUUGGGAAAGAUUUAGAAACUGUGACCAAACAAGAGGGUCAGAAUGUACCUAUGGUAAUUAGAAAGUGCAUUGAAGAAGUGGAGAAACGUGGACUUGAUGUAGUGGGGAUAUACAGGCUGUGUGCUUCAGCUAGAAGAAAAGCCCAAUUAAGAGAAGCUUUUGAGAAGAAUGCUCAAGCUGUUGAUCUUUCUCCAGAAAAUGUAUCAGACAUACAUGUGGUUACAGGUGUUUUGAAAGACUACCUCCGUGAAUUGCCUGAACCACUUUUCACUAACGCUUUAUAUCAGAUGUUACUUGAUGCUCUCAGCGUCCGGUUGCCAAGUGACCCAGAUGGAAGUGCCAAAUUAAUGCUGAGCAUUUUAGAGUGCCUUCCAAAAGCCAACCAGGAGACAAUGGCUGCGGUGCUUAAUCAUUUAAAGAAGGUUGCCAGUAAUGCAGACAAAAAUAAAAUGAACAUUGUCAAUUUGGCAAUAUGUUUUGGUCCGGUGCUUCUUUGUCCAUCACCAGUGUCAUCAGGUGGUACAUCAUUAGAUUUCAAAAAACACAUCGAGGUGCUUAAAUAUUUGCUGGAAAUUUGGCCAGUAAAUUAUGAAAUGGUGAAGGUGUCUAGUCAGUCAUCAAUCAAGAAACAUUGUUCAUGAUAAUAGUUUUACCUAGGGCUUUUUACAAAUAUAUAUUUCAUCUAUCUUAUUCAUGUUAAGUAGAUUUUAAGAAUAUUUCUAUUAACUUUGUAUUUAUAUGCUAUGAUAGGUUAUCAUUUGAAAGAACAAAUAUUUUAGGGACAUUAUUAAAGUUAUAAAUUAUGUGACCAAGUAUCAUGUACUGUUAUUUUAUAAUUGAAUAUGUUUUUUUUUGCAUUUUCAAAGAAACACUUCAAUUGAAGGUGAACACUUUUUUAUUAUUUUUAUUAGCAAUGAAACAUUUAAACUCGAAGGGAAUAAAAAAUCAAGAAAUGCAGUCUGAUAAAAAUUAACAUUGUUAUAGACAAAACUCAUCAAAGACAUUUUUAAACUCAAGAAACAUUUCGUUUCAACUUCUCAAUCUACCUAAAAUCCUUAUCAAGGUUAUAGUUUUGAUGUCUUUACUUUGUACUCAAUAGCUUUGAAAUUAUUGCAAGUAAACUUGGAUUACUUUUAACAUUUUGUAAACACCAAACAGACCUAUUAGGAUUUCGUUUUUUAGC